AUGCCUUUGUUACAACCAUCCACUUGCUUCUGCUACCCUCUGAAGCUUCCACCACUGCCACUAGCUUCCGAUUCCAACGAGUUUGAUGAAUGCGCCAGAAAAAGGUUGACGUUGGACUACAGGACAGGUUCCGCGGUAACGCUAACCAGGUCCAAUAUAUUUGUGCAUGGCGGCUUAACCAUCCCUUUGAACCUACCCAUUGUAAAUUCCAUGCAAUUGCAAAAGGAACUUAUCCUUUUCUUUGCAAAGGAAAAAAAUAAUGGCAGUUCUUUCAAGAACUUAAACGAGUGGAUAAGUAAAGAGACCUUUUUCUUAGACUUGAUGUCUAGAACCUGGUAUAGAGUAAAAACAUCGUUUGACCAAAGGACUGAGGAGUUAUUAAAGGCAGAGAACUCCAGUUUCAAAACAGAUACUGAUACAAAAGACAUUCGAAUGGACAUUAAGAAAGGCAAAUAUCUCGAAUCCCCGCUCAAGGAAAGGCUAUUCCAUUCCUUAUGCUAUUUAGAUGGCUGUUUAUAUAUAUUUGGUGGGCUCACAGUGUCUCCUCAGAGUGGGUAUGAGUUGAUCGCUACAAAUGAGCUAUGGAAGCUAGAUUUAAAUACCAAGAAAUGGUCGCUUUUGAGCGAUGACCCUCAAAUAGCGAGAAGGUUCAACCAUACCAUGCAUGUAAAGAACGAAAAUAACGAUAGUAGAGACACAAAACUAAUAAUUGUUGGAGGACUUAAUAAUAUGGAUCAGCCGGUGAAAAAAAUAGACAUCUAUAACAUAUCACAGAAUUGCUGGCAAUCCGAAACCAUACCCAAAGAACCGAUGGAAAUCACCACAAAUGUCAAUGGCAUACCCUUAGCAUUAUCAAAGGACCAGAAUUUUUCUAUUCUGGUUGAAAAUAAUGAGGCCAAUGUUCCAGCACUGGCAUUCUACAUGAGAAGUGAUCAAAUAGACGAAUUUCUUGGAAAGGAUCCAUCAAAAAUAAAGGAAAACUCACCUAUAGUGGCGUUGCCCCUAUUGUCUGAUUCGCGAGGAAUUAGAAUGCCCUCGAAUCCGGCGUUACCGAAAAAACUAUUGAAUGUUCCGUAUGAGCUAUUAGCGCCAACAGGUGACUACUUCGGAUUUAAUAUCGUGAUCGGCGGGUUUCACCCAAAUUACCAAUCUUCUAACUUCCAUUGCUUCAUAUACGAUAUUAACUCGGGCAAGUGGUCGCGGGUCGCUACUGCCUGUCCUGACUGUGAUAUCAACAAACAUCGAUUCUGGAGGGUAUUUGUCUGGAAAUCGCAUCAUCAGACAAUUUUGUUGGGAACUAAGACUGACGAUUACUAUUCACCGAGUGUGCAAAGGUUUGACCACCUUUCCACUUUUGGAUUACCUCUGGUAAAUAUCUUUAACAAGACAAUACAACUACCUCAUCGUAAGAUCUCAGCUUCAUCUUCACCGACACCCAUAGAAAACUUUGCCAAACAUAAGGACACUCCAUUAAAAAAGGUAAGCUUCACUUCAUCAGCUACCUCCCAAUUUGAAAACUACAUUAGAUAUAUAGCUCCGCCCUUGGAAAUGUCUUCCAUUCAAUCUGUGUUCCCACCGUAUGCCAUGGUUCUAGGUAAAGACGCUUUAGAGAUUUACGGGAAGCCUCUAUCCGAUUUUGAAUUCAUUACUAGUGAAGGCGACUCCAUUGGUGUACCAUGUUAUUUAUUAAGAAAAAGAUGGGGCCGUUAUUUCGACAUGCUCUUAUCUCAAAGUUAUACGAAAGUUUGUGCCGAUUAUGAAACUACUGGUACGCAAUCUACGCUAAUAAAAUUCUCACCACAUUCAUCUAGAAAUAGCUCCAAAGCCGUAAGACAAGAAGGUAGACUUUCUUCAUCGGGCUCGCUGGACAACUACUUCGAAAAAAAUUUCCCAAUAUUUGCGAGAACAAGCGUUUCCGAGGCUCAAAAUGCACGUCCUCAAGCAGCAAAUACGGAUGCGAAAGUUCAGAAUACACUUAGUACAUCAGGUGAACCAAGCUCUUCCUCCUCUUCUGAACUAUACUCCACUCCUCAUUACCAGCGUAAUAAUGAUGAAGAGGAUGAUGAGGAUCCGGUUUCUCCAAAACCUGUAUCAAAAUCAAACAGUAUUUAUAGACCCAUUAGGAAGACAGAAAGUUCAUCAACAACAAGUUCUUCAAACGGUAUGAUCUUCAGAGUACCUUUCAAAGAAAAAGCAGCUAUAACGUCAAAUACCGAAGCUCUCUUGGAGACGAAUCUUUCUCUUCAAGAAUUAAGCCGAAGAAGAUCGUCACUUAUGAGCAUUCCCUCCGGUGAGCUUCUGAAGUCAUCUAUAUCUGAAGCAGAACAUCAACGUCGUGCAUCACAUCCGCUCACUUCAUCAUCACUCUUUGAAGAUGGUGGAACAUCGUGCGGUAAACAACCGCAACAACAUACUUUACAAAAUCCUCAUAACCAUUUAUCUCCCCGGAGAUUCUCAAGAAGUGCAAGAAGUUCGAUUUCCUACGUGAGCUCUUCCUCCGAUAGACGUGGAAACUCAAUUUCCAGCAGAAGCACAAGCGAUAGCUUUGGGACCCCACCAGUUUUAGGUGUUUUAAAUGUUCCUUUGCCUCCUCAAACAAAAGAACCCAAUGAACCCCCUCCACCAUGUCCUGCAAUGAGCACUGGCUCAAAUACAAGGCGAAGCAACACCCUAACAGAUUAUAUGCAUUCCAACAAGGCUAGCCCAUUUUCUUCUCGCAGAUCGUCGCACAUCGGCAGGCGUUCUAGUACACCAGAAACAGAAAAUGCAUUUUCUACAACACCAAGAGCGUCCUUAGAUGGUCAAAUGCUAGGAAAAUCUUUAAAGGAGGGUUCUACAUCGCAGUACACACAACCGAGAAUGAAUUCUUUCCCGAAGGCGAAUGAAACAAUACAAACCCCCACAUCAUCAAACAAUGAAUGGAGCCGUCAAUCUGUUACUUCGAAUACAGAUAGUUUUGACAGUUUACAAUCUAAUUUUGCGUUAGAGUUAGAGCCUCUACUAACACCAAGAUCACUCUACAUGCCUUGGCCAACUUCCACGGUUAGAGCAUUUGCAGAAUUCUUUUACACUGGGCAAGUAAACAGCAAAUGGCUUUUGGCACCAGUGGCUCUUGAUUUAUUAGUAAUGGCUAAGAUUUAUGAAAUACCAUUACUAUAUAAAUUGGUCCUUGAAGUUUUAUAUUCGAUUCUGGCUAAAAAAGAAGAAAGUUUAUCCUUAAUAUGUACCUCGUCAAUGGAAACCUUCCGCACCAAAAUUCUCAACUACUAUAAAGGUGACGAAGAAAGAACAAAUGAUUAUUUGGCUUCAAACGAAAAUUACCAGGAAUUUUCGAAAUUGAAAGUGUCACUAGAGAAUAUUGAUAAUGGAUAUUAUGACCCAGAUUUGUUACGCAAGCAGUCAAGAGCACAGUCGUCGAGUACACAAGAGAGUAGCGGCAGUGGAAACGGCGAGAAAACUGCAACUGGUGGUGGCUCUCCGGAUACUUCUUCAACAAAUGUUCCUACAGUCUUUGCUGGAGGGCCCAGAGAUAGCCACAAUUCAGUAGGUUCCAUUGGUUUCCCAAACAGUAUGAAUAUACAGAGCUCAAGGAGAUCAACAUCGGGAUUUUCUCCACGCGUUAAGAUGAAAUCGAGUUUAAGUAAGGAAAUAGAUCCGAAAACAUUUUAUGACGAAUUCGAGCCGAAAGAGCGCAAAAGUUUUGAAGAUAGUGAUGAUCAGCAAACCAAUAUCGGGAGCUUUAACCUUCAUUUGUUUGAUAUGAAUUAUGGUUCCAUCAGCAGCAGCAGUACUAACAGCAUUAGUAGUAGUGAUUUAGAGGAGAAAGAAGAACAAGAACAACUUCAAGACUUGUUAGAAAUAGAAAGGGAAGAUUCCGCUGAGAUUUUGGACGCAAGGUUUAGAAACAAAGAAGACGAUAAAAUGACGAAGGAUGUACUAAAAGACAAGAAACGUCAUUACCUACCGCAUGAAAAAAAUAACACCUUCAAAGCCAAAGAAGGUAAAGACAGAGAGGUGAGGAAGGAAGAGGAAGAAUUCGAUUUUGGCUUGGGGAUGCUUUCGCUCAAUAAAAUAAAAAGGGAGGCCAAGCAUGUCGACAAAAUAGACGACUCUGUGGACCCUUUAUUCAAAUCAUCUGCCUUCCCGCAAAGUCCAAUUCGAGCAUAUGGAUCUACCACAAGAACCAGUUCAGCUUCUGGAAAGCCAUAUAGAGACAAUCGUUCAUUUAAUGCAUUUUCUGUUUUGACAUUAGAAAAUAUGGCGUCUGCAAAUGCACUACCUCCCGUUGAUUAUGUCAUAAAAUCAAUAUACAGAACCACUGUGUUAGUGAAUGAUAUUAGAUUGAUGGUUCGUUGCAUGGAUUGCAUUGAACUAUCUAAAAAUCUACGAGUACUGAAGAAAAAAACUCUGGAAGAUGUUUCGAAAUUGAAAGGCAUCUCCAAACCGUCACAGUAG